AUUACUGAGAAGGUUCUGUUUGUCUGAAAAAAAAUAUAUUAUGGUACACAUUUAAGAACAGCUGGUUCAUUUUUAGAUAAUGACAUUAAAAAAGAGAACAACUAUCUGUACUUAGAAGUCAACAUAUUAAAUAACCUACUAACCAAAGUUAAUCGGGAACAAACACACCACGGAGUACUGGAGAAAUUAAUAAAAAGUAAAAUAAUAAUAUCUACUUCCCAAAAAUCUCUGUACCUUGUUUUAACAAACUUAAAAAAAACAUUUCUCCAUUUACAGUACACGCACAACAUAUCUAAGUAGCAUACUAUUCUUUUGGUCCCUGGCCACUAAAUUAUUGCCAAGUACACAAGUGCGCACAUUACAUUUCAACGCGCCCCUUCGCCCUGUAGCUAAUGAGGCUCUCUGGACGUGUCAGGCACUUGUUGCUCAGCAGUGAUCCCGCGAGAGGGGGUGCCGUUUGAUCCAUGGAUGGAUGACUGUGCUGCUCUCAGCUCCAGCUGUCAGCCGUGCUCCUGCUCCUUUCCUGACUUACCCACUCUGUCCCUGGUACCAUGGCGUCCAGUGAGGAGGACGGUGCGGUUGAGGAGAAGGAAAACAACAAGAAAAAGGGCAAACGCGUCCUCGCCACCGCAUGGCUGACGUUUUACAACAUUGCCAUGACAGCCGGGUGGCUGGUGUUGGCUGUGGCUAUGAUCCGCUUUUAUAUACAGAAAGGAACACACAAGGGUCUCUACAAGAGUAUAUCAAAAACGCUCAAGUUUUUCCAGACAUUUGCAUUACUUGAGGUUUUCCAUUGUGCAGUUGGAAUGGUACGCACGUCUGUGAUUGUGACUGGGGUCCAAGUGUCUUCUAGAAUCUAUAUGGUUUGGUUCAUUACUCACAGCAUUAAACAGAUCCAGAAUGAGGAGAGUGUUGUCCUUUUCCUGGUCGUCUGGACGGUGACAGAGAUUACAAGAUAUUCCUUCUAUACAUUCAAUCUGCUGAACCACUUGCCAUAUUUCAUCAAAUGGGCCAGAUACAACUUCUUUAUUGUCCUGUACCCAGUUGGAGUGGUUGGUGAACUCAUGACCAUUUAUGCUGCUCUGCCUUACGUUCAAAAGUCUGGCAUGUUUUCCAUGAGGCUUCCCAACAAAUACAAUGUCUCUUUUGAUUACUACAUCUUCCUUAUCAUUGUCAUGAUCUCCUAUAUACCAUUGUUUCCACAACUGUACUUCCACAUGCUCCGCCAAAGGAGGAAGGUGCUUCAUGGGGAGGUGAUCGUGGAAAAGGAUGAGUAGAACGGCUGAAGAGCCAGCCUGGCUUCUCUCGAGAUUACAAGAUGGUCCAGCUCGGCCACCAUGUCCCAGGAAAAGAAGCUUGACUAACAAUCAUGGAACCAGAAUAAAUGGCUGUGCAUGAAAUUAUGUGGACUCCUUUAUCUCUUUUCACCAAUGUGCAAUACGUCUCUAACCCUUAAACCCACAAAUUGGUGCAAAGGAAGGAGAGACGCCUUAUUACUCUGAUCAGAUAUGUGUCGUUUUUCUACUGGAAAUAUUUUUAGCGGUUUCUCUCCAGUGUCUUGAUAUAUUUUGAGCUACCUGUAUAUGUAAAAAAAAAAAUGGUAAAGCUCAGUUUUUUCUCAUGUGUUCAUCACAUAAACAAAAUGCAUAAACAAAAACAGAAAACAGAAUGCAUACCAAGUAAAAAUGCUGAAACGAGUUUGCUGUCAAAGAGUUUUUGCUUCUAAAAUAAAGACUUCAAAGGGCAAACAAGCAAAAGAAGAAAGGUAUGAUUGAUUUUUUAAAAGACAAUUGGAUACUGUAAAAAUACUUAAAUGCUUGUAAUAGCUGUUUACAAUAGUUAAUUACAGUUUAUAUUACUGUUAUUAGUCUUUCAAUAUGCAGCAGGAACAAUAUGAUGUGUCAAAGUAUUUGAUGAAAAUACAUUAAAUCUUACCAUGUUUUUUAGCUUGUUUAUGAAUGAGAUAUGCUGAUUUACUACAUUUCUGAUAACUUUUCAACAUGUUUGAUGAAACCUAUGCUCAUUGUGCAGAUAAAUAAGGCUGUAGUUGAACUGGAACAGCUGAGUUCCUGGAAUGUCCAAUCUUUAGGACGUUCUGUUACAGUUCAUUCCAAAACAAAAAUGCAGGGUUACAAGUUCUAGGCUCUGCAAUUGUGGGUUACAUGCGCUUCUAAAGAUGUUGCCAGGUUUGGAUGAAGCCACAUUUUACUUUUUCCUUAGAAAAUAUGCCAUUUAUUCUUUUUUCAUAACCUGCUUUCUUGUCAGCUAAAACCAAUUCAGUAAACCACCACUUUUAAGGAAAGAUUGAACAUAUUCUUGUAUCUUUUAAUUGUGUACAGUGGCAUCACCUAUUUAAAAGCCCAGUAACUGUAAAGCUAAUUUUGUUAUGGAUGUAAUGUAAUAAUACAUAAAGGAUUAUGAAACAACCCAUAAAACCUAAGGAAUAUGCAAAACAAAUGUAAGCACAGAAUACUAAAAAGAUUUUUAGUCAAUUUAGUUAAAUUUUAAUUCCUAGUUAAAAUGACACACUUUAAAUAUUUUUCUUGUUCUUGUUUCUGGAUCGAAAUUUAAACUGGAUGUAUAACUUACUGAAAGAGGUAAAGGCAAGUUUUUUUGUAAAUAGCAGUAGAAUUUCUUAUUUGCAGUAAUAUGGUGCAUCACUACAGAGCUGUCUUAAAAAAGACUGCAGCAUCCUGAGCCAUUACAGAAGUUCACUUACCGUUUCAAAGGUGCUGUUUGUACUACAAUGAGAUCAUUUCCAUGUUAUGUGCAGCUAAACAAAAAAAGGAAGACCAUAUACUAUAUAGAUACAGUACAAUUUUAGAUGACGGUAAUCAUAAUUUUGACCUUUAGGAACAUUUUUGUGCUCUGGGCAGUGGUACAUCCAAUUUCUGUGCUUUUAAUUCAAUUGAGUUAAUGAGCACAGAUAUGACGCUUUGUAAAAACUGUGAAAGAAGUUCUAAAGCAAGUAGAACUUUAGUUCUGAAUCAUUUGAUGUUUCUGUGUACCUUGGAUGUUGUAACUGCUUCAGGCAGUCCUGAUUGGGAAAAUUUGAAGGGAUUCUGUGAGGAAUGGAAAGAAGUAUUGCAAGCGAUGUUAAAAAAGUGUACGUGGGCGUGCAGCAGAAAAACCUGAUAUGAUAUUAAAGGAAAUCAUCAGAACUUGUGGAUAAAUGUGGAGUUUGUGCCUUUGGAAUUGCACUUCACUGAAAGGAAUGAACACUGUGUUAGUUUACUAAAAUGUAUGAAGCAGUGCUGUACUUAUUCAAGGUACUACAGUAUGCACAAAAGUAACCACUAAGAGCAGUUUAACAGUUAACAUGCAACUUAGCAUAGCAGUACACCUUAGGAACAACAUAAUAAAUUGUUUUACAGUAUGUCUUAACAAUAAUACAGUACAUGUACUAGUAUUUUAGGUCAGUACUUUUGUGCAUGUAAUGUAUGUGUAUUAAACUGAACAUAAAAACA